CGCCGAGCGGUUGCUGACAGUGCUCGCCCGAACACCGGUGAUCGCGGUCCAGUUGGUUCCAGUGUCGUGCCGCACCGCAACCGACGCGGUACGAAACGGAGAGCGUAGCGCGCCAACAAUACAACCGGUGACCUCGGUCCGGACACCCGGCGUCGAUCUACGUGGUGCCGGGCACGUACGCCUACCCGACACGCAUGUGACCGUCCGCAGCAGCGGUAACCGUCCGUCGGAGAAACCUUACCGGUACUACUCACCUGUGCCGCCCCCGUGUCCAACCGUCGGCCUCAGUCGUACGCGCGCAACCGGUCCUCGCGGUCGUGUGCACGUGUCCCGCGCGCUAUGCUGCCGUCCGCCGCCGUCUGGUGGCUGACCGCCGCCGCCGUCGCAGCCAUAUGGCAGUGCGCCCGGUCGUACCGCGUGGACAAGUACUCGCUGCUCAUGCCCAACGUCAGGCCCAAAAAGAUGGACUUGUAUUUAUGCACGCCUAUUAAAAUAGAUCCAAGCAAGUCUUACUUUAUAGUUGGUUUCGAGCCAAAAGCCUUCGGUCAUACAUCGCACCAUAUGUUGCUUUAUGGCUGUUCAGAACCAGGAAGUGAUGAGCCCGUUUGGAAUUGCGGUGAAAUGCAAAUGGCUUCAAAUAAACAGCAUGCGUACAUGCAUUCCAACCCAUGCAAAACUGGAUCAAAUAUACUUUACGCUUGGGCUCGCGAUGCGCCUACGUUGAAACUUCCGGAUGGCGUUGGUUUUAAAGUUGGAGGUGAUUCACAAAUCAAUUAUUUAGUCCUACAAGUUCAUUACCAUCGGUUGUUUGAAGAAGACGAGACGGACAAUUCCGGGAUAUUUUUGCACUACACAGAAAAACAAUUGGCAAAACAAGCUGGCGUUUACUUACUUGCUACAAACGGACAAAUCCCUCCGCAUUCGAUCGAACAUAUGGAAACGUCGUGCCCACUAUAUGAAACUGGAAAAAUCAUUCAUCCGUUUGCGUAUAGAGUUCACACUCAUGAACUCGGUAAAGUCGUAGCUGGUUACAGGGUGAGAACUAAUAGUAACGGAGUACAAAAAUGGGACCUGUUAGGAAAAAGGGAUCCUUUGACGCCACAAAUGUUUUACCCGAUAGAGAAUAACGUCACCGUCGAAUUUGGAGACAUACUGGCUGCCAGGUGUACAAUGGAAAAUACGAGAAACACCUACACAAGAAUUGGCGCUACGAGUGACGAUGAAAUGUGCAACUUUUACGUAAUGUAUUGGGUAGAAGGGACAGAACCUUUAGAACAACAACUAUGCGUGUCCGAAGGGUCUCCUCGUUACUAUUGGUACAAUGAUCAGUAUUUGUCAAAUAUACCGGAUAAAGAAGCUUCGGUAUUAUAAUACCUAUAUAGACGAGUAAAUAUUAUAUAAAUGUUUCUUUAUGUUUGAUUAUUUAUUUUUUUGAUUGUAAAAAAAAUAUCAUCUCGGUACCUUUGUGAUAUGUAUCCUUUGCCAUACAAAUUCCUUUCUUUUAUUCUCAAAUAAUAUAUAAUCAUUGUUAUUAUAA